AUUGAUUGACCAGCCUUCCUUACUCCUGUUGACAGUGGUUUUCCUUGCUCAGCACUAAUGAUUUAUCUUCUUUCAACGGCAUAAUGCAGGCCUGAGCUAAGAAGAUGGCGGGGUUGCCACUGGCCACGGCGGAGGUCUGCGACGCGAACUCGCACCUGAUCACCAGCGGGGAGCUCCGCGCCCUGCAGCCCAUCUUCCGGAUGUACGGUCGGCGGCAGGUCUUCGCAGGCCCCGUCGUGACGCUCAAGGUGUUCGAGGACAACGUGCUGGUGCGCGAGUUCCUGGAGGAGAAGGGGCAGGGCCGGGUGCUGGUGGUGGACGGCGGCGGCAGCCUGCGCUGCGCCAUCUUGGGCGGGAACCUCGCGCAGCUGGCGCAGAAUAACGGGUGGGCGGGCAUCGUGGUGAACGCGUGCAUCCGGGACGUGGACGAGAUCGACGGCUGCGACAUCGGCGUGCGCGCGCUCGGCUCGCACCCCAUGAAGUCCAACAAGAAGGGGAUGGGCGAGAAGCACGCGCCAGUGGCCAUAGCGGGAACCAGGGUCUGCGACGGCGAGUGGCUCUAUGCCGACGCCGACGGGAUCCUCGUCUCCAGGACCGAGCUCAUCGUGUAGACAGACCCCGUGUAAAAUGAUGGAUGAAUGAAGAUGAACUGGGCUGUACAUAAAAGAGGAGUGAGCACUGCUGUUGCUGCUUUGCUUCUGUCAUCCCUAACUGAACAUGCUGCCGCUAUAUCUGAAGCUCUGGAUUUUGUAACAAGGAAGCUUUGGUAAAUGCGAAUAAUAAUUUGAUGGCGUCCAAGUUCGAGGUUGGGGUCUGAA